AUGCCGGCCGAAUCUCCCUUCGCGUCCGCAGCUGAGCUCCCCACCUGUACUAGCGACGCCUCCCCCGUCUCCUCCUCCUCCUCCGCCGGCCCCACCCGCGCCAACACCCCGGACCUGGAGCAGCACCCCGACCUCCGCGCCGUCAGCGACCGCGAAGAAGACGUCCUCUUCUUCGGCGGCGCCGAGAUUCUCGACAACGACAACGACGACGACGCGGGAGAAGAAGGCCCGAGCGUGCCGUCAUCGUCCGAGCGGGGCGGAGCGGUGCAGGGUCCGCUGACGAUUAUGGAGACGUUGGUCCGUGUGGAACGGGCGAGUGAGGUGGCUGUGGAGGCUCGAGAUGGCGGACGGAGGGCAGCGGGCCCGCGUCGUGGCUCGGAGGAUCAAGUGGGCGCUGGUGUAUAA